GUCAGAAGUAUACAGCCCAAUAAUUAACUUUCGAAAUUCGAUUCUCAUGAUACUUGUAUUGAAGUUACAAGAAUUCCUAAUAGACACCCAAAUCUUCGCUGCUCUCGCGAAGCAGCUGGGUGAGAGAGAAAGGAGAGCGGUUUUCAGAGGUUGGGAAGGGAGAAAACAUGGAAAUCGCGAAAGAACAUGAGGAUGUUGAAGGACUGAAAAAGAGGUUAAAGGAAAUGGAGGAAGAAACUCUUGCUCUUCGUGAUAUGCAAGCCAAAAUCGAGAAAGAGAUGGGCGUUGCUAUUCAAGAGCCUGCUGCUGCAGCUGUUGAUCAAGCAAAUAAAGAAGAAAUUGAUUCCCGAUCAGUUUUUGUGGGCAAUGUUGAUUAUGCUUGCACACCUGAAGAAGUGCAGCAGCAUUUUGUGUCAUGUGGGACUGUUAACAGGGUGACCAUACGUACUAAUAAAUUCGGACAACCAAAGGGAUAUGCUUAUGUGGAAUUCUGUGAGACAGAUGCGGUCCAAGUAGCACUUCGUUUGACUGAAUCUUUUCUGCAUGGCCGCCAGUUGAAGGUGACAGCAAAGAGAACCAAUGUUCCAGGAAUGAAGCAGUUUCGCCCUAGGCGUGCUAAUCCAUAUAUGGGCUAUGGUUUCAGGGGUGCAUAUCCACCACCAUUCUUUUACACACCUUAUGGAUAUGGGAAAUUCUCGAGAUAUAGAAUGCCAAUGCGUUAUGGCCCUUACUAGUAACAAAUGCAUGAGUUUAUUUAGAACAUAAAUUGUCGAGGAUGGUAAUUGGGACAAUAUACCAUGAUUUCAUGAUACUCUCUUAUCAUCAUGAGACUUGGCGACUCUUUAAGGGGAUUCUCCGAGCAACAUUUUUGAUAGUAGUGAUUUAACUGUGUUAUUUAUCGCUUCAAUUCUUUCUCGCCUUUGUUUUUCGUUUACUAUAUCCUUUUAGGUACUUGCAAGGUUAGUUGGUCUUUCAGAACAGAGAAUUGACAAGGAAAGGGGAUCCACCUGUUAAUUUUUCAUCAUCAUCGUACUUAGUGUCCCGCUCAUAGAAAACUAUGGUCAGGGUCUAAGGCACCUGCUAAUUUUUGAGCCCAAUAAUAAUAUGCCUCUUGGUGAUGAGGAUGGAAUACAACAAACACCCGUUUUUUCUUGUUCUUUAAAUUUGGAAUGCAAUAUGCCAAUAUCUAAUCCACAAUCAAACGUCUGGUUUUGGUUUCGUGUUUCAUUCCGCUAAACUUCCCCUCCCGUAUUGUUUCAUUGAAUUCUCUCCCGAAUACUGCAGCCUAGUUAGGCUCAGCAGUAAGCAAACCAUGUUUUAAUAGUUGAGCGGCCAGAAACGCAUAAUCUGAGUUGUAUGGCUAAAACGGGUUUGAAGCAAUUUAAUGCUGAAAUGGUUGACAAUACUAAAAGAAAAAAAUAUUUAUUAUAAUUUAUAAUAAUAAAAGAUUCAUAAUGUAUCCGAUAUGCAUAAAUACUCAUUUGGAUAUGUAACUAUACUUUUUUAUUUUAUUGGUCAGCUAAGUUUAAUUUAAUCUAGGUGAUAUUAGGGGUGUUCAAAAAUAUCCAAUUCCGAAAACCCGGUUUCCGAUUUUUAAAAGCGGAUAAAUUACCCGAUUUCCAAAAUUCGGAUAAUCCGGGUCGGGUACCUGGUUUUAAAACCGGGUAUUCGGGUCGGAUACGGAUCGCGAAUUUUGGAAAACCGGGUACCCGGUAUCCGGUUUUUUUUUCUUUUUUUUUUUUAAAUAUAAAAAGAGAAAAUUGAAAACCCUAAAUCAGUUUUCCUCCUUGCCGUCUUCUUCCUCCUUCUUUCUGGCUUCUGCUGCGCCUUCAAUCUUCCUCAAUUUUCACUCAUUUUCUUCAAUUUUUAACUUCACUCAUUUUCCCCCAAAUUACAAUACACAAUCCAAUCAAAAUCAAAAACCCUAAAAAUUGAACUCAAAAUCAAUUUCUGAAAUCCAGAUCUAGAUCUACGAAGAAACUCGUGGUGUUUUGAAGAUCUUCUUGCCUUCUUCCUCCUGCGUUCUUCAAUCCAGACACAAUCAUAUUGCUUCUUCAAUCUUCAGAUUUUCUUCUUCUUCUUCUUUAGUUCUUCACUUCUUUAAUUGGGUAAGUUUGUUUCAAUUCAUCACCAUUAUUCUUCUUCUCUAGAUCUUCUUACUUUUUUUCGCAAUUUCUGAUAUUUGUCACUGAUUUAAUUUUUUUGCAUUUUCGAUUUUUUCAUCUUAGUUCAUCACCAUUUUCGAUUUUUUGAUAUUCAUCACCAUUUUCGCAAAUUUUUCACAGAUUUGGUACUUAUUUUUCGCAAAUUUCAGUAUUUGCUAUUUGGUACUUUUUUUUUUUUGCCUUUUUCGAUUUUGUCACAGAUUUAUUCAGCCAUUUUUGGUACUUAUUGAAGAUCUACAUGGAUUCAUCACCAUUUUCCGAUAUUCUGAUUAUUGUUUUGAUAUUCUGAUUUUGGGUAGCCAUUAUAAUAUUUGAUUCUGAUAUUUGUUCAACUUGUUCAAUAUUUUUGAUGUAUAUGAUGAUGGUAGAUUAUAUAUAAAAAAAUUCUGCUUGUAUAUGAUGAAUUGAUGAUGGUAGAUUCACUAGCUUGGUAAUUUUG